AUGGAGAAGGAGCUGCUGCCCCCUGCAGGGACUCCCCAGCAGGCCACUGGGGGAAGCCCCACGACCCAGACAGCAGGUGGAGAGCAGCAGCCGGCCAGAGAACUAGAGCGAGAAACUGGGGACCUGCGCUGGGCCCCGCCGGCGGUCCCAGUGCCCAGCGCAGCAGGAGCUGGAGACCGCGCUGAGCACCAGGUGACGCCCGCGCGGUUCCUCCAGGGCGCCUGCAGGCAGGCGGCAGAGUGGCUGUGACGGGAUUCUGGAGCGGCUCCUGGCCCCACGCAGGCACGGUCCCCAGAGACAGCUCAUGUAGCAGAUCCGCAGCCCCAGGGCCCUCAGGCACCGCCGCCGUUGCCGCCCUUGCUCAGCCCCUAGCGCGUCCGCCCUGGCCGAGCGAGCUGCCCCCAUUGAACCCGCUCGGGCGCUCUGCCUCUCCGCAGGGGCCGCUGCCGACCACGCGGGCUCGGGCUCCGGGUUCCUGUCCCAACCUGCGCCACCUCCAGCGCCCCCGACUCCCCAGCGGCUCCUCCCCACUCCUAGCCUUGGCUGCUCCCAGCGCGGAACCGACCCCCCUCCCUGCCUCCAGCGUCGCGGGUAGCGCCUCUUGCAGCCUCUUUGGCGUCUGCGCCUCAGCGCUGGGGCUAG